UUGUGAGGUAUUAUAUUUAGAUUAGAGCCAAAGUCUAUUAAGAAAAUGAAUUAAAACCAUGAUUGGCAUGAACGAAAACUAAUCAAUAUCAUAUUCUUUUGGGGUCCUAACCAGUAGUUUUGGGAAAUAACAAUUUCCAAAAAAAAAAAAAAAAAAAUGUAGUAGUUGUUUAACCUGCUCGUCCUUAUGGACAAUCAAUCCUUUUCUUCAAAAGAAUAAAAAGAAAAGAAAAAGGAUUUUUCAAGGUGGAAAAUGCAACCAACAUAUUUAAUUACAAGCAUUCUUCCAAAACUAAUAAUUUACACCUUCAAUUUCACAGCACGCCAUUGUCCAAUUCUCUCCCACCACCACCAGUAUCCUUGUCCUUGAUUGGGGCAGCUAACUCUUUUCUCAUUGUGUGCCACUUCCACUAAAAAUAUCCACAUUUAAUAUUCUGUAGUACCACACACAGACACCCUUGUUUUCUUUUGGGUUCUUGUGUUGUGUGGGAGUUUCCCUUCAUUUCUCUGCCAACAUCCUUUUCUUCUUUAUCAUAUUUAAGUUAAGCUCUAUAUCACUCGCAUCCCUGACCUCUUUCUAUACCUUUCUAUCUCCUUAAGAAUUCCCUUUCAUGGGUAUUCCUCAAAACCUACUUUUGAUCACAGCUUCAUUGCUUAUUAGCUUUGCUUCAGCUUGCUCUGAUGGUCCUUGUGGGCUGUUAGAUAAAUGCUCGUCGGACCAAGACUGUGAAGAUGGAUUGUUCUGUUUCUAUUGUAUUGAAGGAUUUUCAGCUUCAAAGUGUGUAAGGUCGACAGCCACAGACCAGUUCAGGAUUCUGAAUAAUUCGUUGCCUUUCAACAAAUAUGCAUUCUUGACAACACACAAUGCCUUUGCUAUUGCUGGAUAUCCAUCUCGCACUGGAAUCCCUCGGCUCACAGUUACAAAUCAAGAAGACAAUGUCACACAACAGCUUAAUAAUGGAGUUCGAGCCUUGAUGCUUGAUACGUAUGAUUUUCGAGGAGAUGUAUGGCUGUGCCAUUCAUUUAAAGGACAAUGUCAUGACUAUACUGCAUUCGGACCUGCUAUUGAUACACUGAAGGAAAUUGAAGAAUUCUUAUCAGCAAAUCCAUCAGAAAUUGUCACACUAAUUUUAGAAGAUUAUGUGCAAGCCCCUAAAGGAUUAACAAGAGUGUUCUAUGAUUCUGGGUUGAUGAAAUACUGGGUUCCUGUGACAAUGAUGGCCAAACAUGGUCAAGACUGGCCUCUAGUUAGCGACAUGGUGAAAAACAACCAUAGGCUACUCGUGUUCACUUCAAUUAAAUCCAAGGAAAAAAGUGAAGGAAUUGCUUACCAGUGGAAUUACAUGGUUGAAAAUCAGUAUGGGGAUGGUGGUAUGCAUCCAGGAAGUUGCUCUAAUAGACCAGAGUCAUCUGCCCUUAGUGACAAGAGUAAAUCACUUGUGUUGGUGAAUUAUUUCAGGAGUAUUCCAAUGAAAGAACUUACUUGCAUAGAUAACUCCGCAAAGGUUUUGGACAUGCUUCAAACUUGUUAUGCUGCUGCAGGCAACAGAUGGGCUAACUUUGUCGCUGUUAAUUAUUAUAAGAGGAGUGAAGGAGGAGGAUCAUUCCAAGCAGUGGAUUCACUCAAUGGCAAGCUAUUGUGUGGAUGUGAUGAUAUCCGUGCAUGUCUGGUAAGCUACCUGGAUCAAGCUCAGCUGCCUGCACUGCCCAAGAUAAAUUGCAGUGACAGUAAUUGUCAUUCCAGCCAACCCUAUGUGAGAUGGAAGCUAGACCCUUCUCCCUGACAGUUAAGGUGAAAUGGGAGUUAAAAGGGUGAAAUAUUUUGAAAGUUGACAAAUUUGUAUUUCAGUUUAAAUGACCGAAAAAUAUUCAUAUUGGGCAAGAAGGGAAAAUAUGAAGGAAUUGAUUUACUUAAAAUAAUUGCUGAAGGAUCAAUGCAAGAAAAGAAGGCAUUGUUCUUUGUUAACAAAGACUGAUAAUAAAAGAAGAAUGAACGUAUUCAUAGGUUUAUAAUAA